UCAAAACUAUAUGCACACGACAACCCCUACAUGUCUUGAUUGAUCCCACUUCUCCUCAUUCAGGAAUUUCAUCGAACACUUGGCCAACUUUCCUUCACUUUCAUCACAAACAAACAGCUAAAAAGACACGUGGCAGAAACCCAGAACAACCACCUGAGCUCACGUAUCUGUACAGACUACACCCGGUUCCUUCGUUUCUCACAAUUGUAGUUCCUGCUUCAUCCAUCGUCAUCUUCAACCUUCCUAACUUCAAUCAAAUCCUACAACAACUCAUAAUGCUGCGCUCUAAACAGUCGCUCAUGUUCUCAAGAACCAUUUGGGUCAAUCUCAAUCAUCAUCAUUACAGAAGCCUCCAUCGAAAAGCCGACCUCGAGAGAGCAGGACCCUUAGCUUCCCUCCUCAAAUCACGCUCCGUCGUCCGGUUCCGAGGCCCAGACACCGUUAAAUUCCUCCAGGGACUGUUGACCAACGAUGUACGGCGGUUCGGUGAAUCUGCGGGUGAGAAGAACUCAUCGAGUCUAGUAACGCCCAAUUUGGCCACCGCGGCUGCUCCGCCCAUGUAUGCUGCAUUGUUGAGUCCUCAGGGGAGAUUCUUGUACGACCUGGUUCUGUAUAGACCGACUAGAGCUGAGGAUAAGCUUAACGAGACUGGAUCAGGACCCGGGUCCGACCCAGAUGAGGCUUUUGAGCUCUUUGCCGAUGUUGAUGCGUCUGUCUUGGAUGAGCUCUUGAACACCUUAAAAAGGUAUCGUUUGAGGUCAAAGGUUGAGAUUGAAAACGUGGGAGAGGACUUCUCUUGCUGGCAGCGUUAUGGAGGAAACCUUACUAAAACUUCCUCCGAUGUAGAAGAGCCAGAGGCAGCUAGUGUUGGCUGGGGUUCCAGUGUUGAUCGUACUGGGGAGUCAGCUUCCCAUGGGAACAAUCAUGGAACGCAGUGGUACAAGGAUCCUAGAUUGGAUUGCCUUGGUUUUAGGGGAAUCUUCCCAUCUAAUAUAACACCACCUCGUGUUGAAGCUGAUAAAGAAACUGAUGAAAAGAAUUACAUUUUAUGGAGGGUAGAAAAUGGAGUUGCAGAAGGCUCAAUUGAGAUUCCAAAAGGUGAGGCAAUUCCUCUAGAAUACAACCUGGUGGGUCUAAACGCAAUAAGCUUUGACAAAGGUUGUUAUGUUGGCCAAGAGUUUGUAGCCCGGACACACCACCGUGGGGUCAUUCGCAAGCGCUUGCUUCCUUUGAGAUUCGUUAGUAGCCAUGGAGAAGAAUUAGAGCAGAAAAUCUCUCCUGGCUCACAAGUUGUCGAUUCUGAGUCCGGCAAGAAAAUCGGUGCUAUAACGACAGUGGUUGGAUGUCGAGGACUGGGUGUCCUGCGGCUGGAGGAGGCCUUGAAACGAUCAAGUGCAUUGACCAUACAAGAACAGGAGGAUGUAAAGGUUGAGGCUACAAGGCCAGAUUGGUGGCCUGCUGAAUGGUUUCAAGAAUAUCAACAGGACAGAGCAGUUGUCUAAGAAAUUUGGUAUUUUACCAGUUUUGCUGAAUGAGUUUGAACUUUUUCUUGGUUGGUUUAUUAUUCUUUACAUAGAUGAAAGCCAAAAUAAUACCCUGCUCGUAGAAAGAGACAGGACGGAGAAAAAAGUAAUAAAAAUGAAAGAUGUACUUGUAUAUUGAUCUCA